AAUCUCUGAGAAACUCCAAAACCCGUAUUUAAGCUUCUUUAGUGUUUACCACUGGAUUGUCUGCGACAAUCAUGGAUAUCAAAACUAUUGACACGUUAUGUUCUGACAAAACCAUGAAAGGAAGAAAAGCCCCACCAAGUCAUUACACAUUUAAAAUCAAGUCCUUCUCAUGGCUGUCCAAGGCAUCGGUUCAAAAAUGCACCUCCGAAGAAUUUGAAGCAGGAGGUUAUAAAUGGGUCAAGUUGUUGGAUGAACAACGACAUUACAGGAGCCUGUCAAUUUACCCAGAUGGGAACAAAAAAGAGGGUGGUAAAGAUCAUGUUUCUAUUGAUCUGGUGCUGGUGGACACAAGCUCGCGGCCUCUUGACUGGGAGAUCAAUGCCAUUGUAAAUUUUUCUGCAUAUAAUUUUAUUGACGAUGAAUAUCAUAUAACUCAAGAUACAGAUGUAAGGCGUUUCCAUGUGCUGAAAACUGAGUGCGGUGUCGCAAAAUUCAUCGACAGAAGCACAUUUUACGACUCUUCAAACGGAUAUCUGAUGGACGAUACAUGCGUGUUCGGAGUCGAGGUUUUCGUUGUGAAGAGCACCAACAGAGGCGAUUGUUUAUCAAUGUUUGAAGGACCUAUCCCCUGUUCUUACACUUGGAAAUUCACUAACUUUUCCUCUGCAAAAUUAGACAAGUACGAGUCUGAAACAUUUGUCGGGGGAAACUACAAAUGGAAGCUGCUUCUGUACCCAAAUGGAAUCGUGGAGGGAAAGGGCAACAGCGUAUCAUUAUUCUUAGUGUUGGAUGUCUCAACUCUACCCGCCAACACUAAACUCGUUGUUGAGAACAUCGUGCGUGCAAAGAACCAGAAAAGUGAUGAGAGGCAUCUUCAAACCAAAGCUUGUCGUAAGUUCUCGAACUCCAAUGCAGCAUGGGGUUCCCGACAACUCGUGGCCUUAGCUAAACUUAAAGACCCAAAUUCUGGGUUUUUGGUGGACGAUACUUGUGUCUUUGAAACUGAAUUCACGAUUCUUGGCGUAAUGAUGCCCCGAACUGAUUGAUUUCAGAAACCCUCUGUAUUGUUCAUGAAGUAAUUUGUUUUAAUAUCUCACUUGAAAAAGCUAAACCCAUUGUAAGUGUUUAAAGGAAUUUGUUUACGUGAAACUAGCAUGCACACAUACGCGAUAAAGUCUCUGUACACAUAUUUUAAAUAUGAAUAA